UUGAAGGUAUACAUAGCGUCUACCUUGACAGAUCACAGAUGUGAUGGUAAAUGUUUCAAAAAGAUAUGUCUAUUCAUGGUAGUAAUCACUGCUAGCCCUCUACUUUUUGUCUGCAGCAUGAGAAAUGAAGUCUUUGGUGUACGUACAAGGGUUCUUCGGCGGCUUUUCGUAAUUUUAGACGUCUGAACUUACGUUAGCGGCCGUGCAAUCAGUUUGGGUUAUGCUUAAUUAACGUCAACUAAAGUAUUUAAGAUGAUUAGGCCGCAGUUAGCUGUAAUAAAUAUUGGACUAUCUCUAGUCACAAUUGGAAUCGAAGUAAUCGUUCUCAUAAUUUAUUUCACGUUUAUCGGACUGGAGAUUUUGGGCAUCUUAGCAUGUAUCGCCAUAAUCCUCAGCAACAUUGUGGGCAUCAUGACCUACAAGGAGGACUUCCCGUUGGACACGCGCAAGAAUAUCUUUACAGUGGAUUAUGUCAUGCUGAUUAUCACCAUCCUCAUCGAAUUUGGUAUGCUGACCGGCUCGCUGUUGGCCACCACCGUGUAUAUUCUUGUCUUUGCAUUCCUCGGCACCAUUCCCUUUGUGGAAGUGAUUGUGCAGUUUUUCGGUAUUAGCAUUAUUCCUUUUGUUGCCAUCAUUGUCAUGAAGGCAGUGGCGUCGCUUUUGUAUUUGAUUAUCUUUAUCAUCUCUAUAAUCUCGGCGAUAGUAAACCGGCGGCAUAAUCACCGAACCGAGGUAUAAGGAACUCGAAAAAUGGGAUCGAUACCCAGUGUUUACGUCUGCGUCUGCGGCGCACGUUUUUCCGCAGCAGACUGCAUUUGUUUAGAAUUGCAAAUUGACUCGGUAUAAUAUACAGUACUACUUUUCAAACUUAC